UUGAGGUUACGUCAGGUUGUCAAAUGAUCUUUUAUUCAUAUUUAUAAUUUAUAAGAACUCAAGAACUGUUUAUUUCUAACGUUAAAAUGACCCGGCAUGCAAGAAAUUCCACGGCUGGUGCAGUGUACACUUAUCACGAAAAGAAAAAAGAUGCCCAAGCAUCUGGUUAUGGUACAAAUGCGAAAAGAUUGGGCAAAGAUUCAGUUAAAGAUUUCGAUUGUUGUUCUCUAUCCUUACAGCCUUGUAGAAAUCCUGUAAUAAGCAAGGAUGGUUAUCUGUUCGACAAAGAAGUUAUAUAUCAAUAUAUAAUAACAAAGAAAAACGAGUACAGUAGAAAACUGAAACAAUACGAAAAGUCGAAGAAGAAAGAGGAGGAAGACUGCAUAAAAAAACAAAUGGAGGAAACGGAGAAAAAAGUGAGCCUUUUUGUGAAGAAGGAAGAUAAUAUUGUGACCUCCCCAUUAAACAGUUUUAAAUCUGAGGAAGAAGCUUCAACCUCUAUUUCUAAUAUGGCUGAAGGACGAGAUAAGUUACUGCCAAGCUUCUGGAUACCCAGCAAAACACCAUCGGCAGAGAAUACAAAGAAGGAAAAACCCGAUUCUACUAUAUACUGUCCAGUUUCCGGAAAACCAUUGAAAUCGAAAGAUUUGAUUGACGUCAAAUUCACACUGGUGAAAGAUAACGAAAAGAAAUCUCUUAUAACGAAGGAGAACAGGUAUAUGUGUGCGGUAACACACGAUAUAUUGAACAAUUCAGUUCCUUGCGCUGUUUUGAGACCAACUGGUGAUGUGGUAACGAUGGAGUGUGUGGAGAAAAUUAUAAAGAAGGAUUGGAUUCAUCCUCUGACCAAUCAGAAGUUGAAGGAGAAGGACAUCAUCGUCAUGCAAAGAGGCGGCACUGGUUAUGCACAGACGAAUGAGAAUUUAGAAGGGAAGGAAGCCAGGCCUGCUAUACAAGCUUAAUCUGUGCAAUAGGGUGAAGUUAUUUAUUGAUAAUUUAGUUUGGAAGAAUUUUUUUAUUAAUUUAAUUAUCUAUUCUUGUUGUAAAUAGGUAUAACGAUUAAAAUAUAGAAUGGGGAUCACAUUUGUAGAUCGAAAUUCAUUCUAUAAUAUAUGUAUAAAGGUAAAAAUAGAAAUCUGAUGUAAAAAUCA